UGCUGAGGACCUGCUAGAGCAGAGUGUUGCUGUAGGGCUAUGAAUAUUUGAUACCUUUUAAAUAACCUAUAACAGUUGCAUUAGAGGAAGAAUACAGAGAAGAAAAAAGAGAAUAUGAAGGGAAAUCAAAAUAUUCUUUCAUUAAACUAUUCAUUAUCAUAGUUUCAUCGUUAUAUGGGAAAAGCAUAUGCUGCAUAUCAUUACCUGCGUUGAUAUGAUUAUAAGUAAUGCUCUAGCUUACCUAAAGCAUCUGCUUCCCUCUUUGUUACAGAAAUGUUCUUCAUCUAAGGACCUCAAAUCUCUACAUGCAACCAUAUUGAAGAACAAUUAUCACCAUGACUGCUUCAUUAUUAACCAGUUUCUAGCUGCAUGUAGCCGGCUCCAUCAAAUUGACCAUGCCUUCCUUGCAUUCACCCAAAUAGCAGAACCCAAUAUCUUUGUCUACAAUGCAAUGAUUGGAUGUUUCAUAAAUUGUUCUUCAGCAGUUGAUGCCCUCCACCUGUUUGUAGAAAUGCCCAAGUUGAAACACCAACCCACUUGUCAUACCUUCUCACACCUCAUCAAGGCCUGCACACAUAUCCCAGCGAUUGGAUUUGGUGAAGGAGUUCAUGGGCAGGUUAGGAAGAAUGGGUUAGUUUGUCAUUUAAUUCUACAGACCGGGUUGAUUGAUUUCUACUGUAUCGUGCACAGAAUAGAAGAUUCAAGGAAAGUGUUUGAUGAAAUGAUUGUCAAAGAUGCCUUCUCAUGGAACACAAUGAUCGUUGGAUAUACCCUCUUUGGCGAUUUAAAUGCAGCGCGUAAGAUAUUUGAUGAAAUGCCUGAGAGGAAUACAGUGUCAUGGAACGCUAUGAUUGCAGGAUACGCAAGGUCGGGGGAUGUCGAGUCUGCUACGUCUCUCUUCAAUCAGAUGCAUUGUAAGAAUUUGAUAUCAUGGACUUCCAUGAUUUCCUGUUAUUCUCAAAACAGGUUAUUCAUGGAAGCAUUGGAAACAUUCGAUGCGAUGAAAGCUGCAGGAAUGAACCCAGACAAGGUUACAAUGGCAACUGUGAUAUCUGCUUGUGCUCAUCUAGGAGCACUUGAAAUAGGCAGAAGAAUGCAUCGACAGACAGUCCUAAGUGGGUUCGCUAUAGAUGUUUAUAUGGGAUCAGCUUUGAUUGAUAUGUAUGCAAAAUGCGGAAGCUUAGAGAAAUCUUUGGUCAUUUUCUUCAAGCUGGAAAAUAAGAACCUCUUCUGCUGGAAUUCGGCCAUUGAUGGGCUUGCAAUGCACGGACGCCCCAAAGAUGCAUUUUACAUGCUCUCAAAGAUGAUAGAAAAUCGAGAGAAGCCAAAUGGUGUAACCUUUGUCAGUAUUCUCAGUGCUUGUAAUCAUUCUGGGCUCGUGGAAGAAGGGCGUAGAAUGUUUCAUAGAAUGGUUGAGUUUCAUUCAAUUGAACCUGAGAUGGAGCAUUACAGCUGCAUGGUUGAUCUUCUGGCUCGCGCUGGCCUCCUACAAGAGGCACUUGAUUUGACACAGAAGAUGGUAAUUGUUCCAAACUCAGUCAUAUGGGGAGCUCUGUUAAGCGGGUGCAAGAUUCAUGGAAACAUGGAAGUUGGACAGAUCGCCAUGGAAAGGCUUACAGCUUUGGAUCCGAGUAAGAGUAGCAGUUAUAUGCUAUUGGUAGAUAUGUAUGCCAAAGAGAAUAGAUGGACAGAAGUUGCUGCUGUAAGGGGGAAGAUGAAAGAGAUGGGAGUUCAAAAAAUGAGUUCAGGUUGUAGUUGGAUUGAGAUGGAUGGGUUGGUUCACGAGUUUGCUGCAACUGAUACUUCUCACCCUUCAUCUGAAGAAAUAAUUCUCUUAUUGUUUGAAUUAUUUGGUCACAUGAAACAUGCAAGCUUCAUUCCAGAUAUAUUCUGAUGUUUUGUUUUGUUUUUUCCUUUUGCUUAUGAGAAGAUUUAACUCGUGAUCUGUAACUCAUCUUUCAAAGUGAAUGUAUUACUUGUUUCACAUAAAUGAAUCCUAUAAAAUCGUAUGAAGUAGAGAAGAAUUCAAGAACUGAAAGAAAAAGCCUUUAUCUAUCGUUUGUAUUACAGAAAAACAGAAGGCUCAUAAUGAUAGGUUAGAAGGGCAUAUCUCAAUAACAUUCUCUCGCUGAUUUAAAUCAGCUUCAAUAGCAUUUCCUUCAAAAC